AUGGAUGGGUAUGGUAGGGCCGGGCGGGUGGAUGAUGCCAUGGCUGUGUUCGACCGCAUGUGCCUCGCUGCUGUUGCUGCCAGGGGUGGUGAAGGGAGGGGAGGUGAUCAGGAGGGGGUGCCUGGUGCUGCUGCUGCUGGUGCUGCUGCUGUAGCUGCUGCUGCUGCUGCUGAUGCGUCUGGGAGGGCUUUUCUGAACGCCUCGAAUGGCUUGAGAGUUCCUGCUUCGUCACCUGGAGCUGCAACAGCAGCAGGAGCGAGAGCUACGUGCACGAACGCUGCUGCUCAAGUGGUGACAGCUGCGCCAGCACCCCAUCCCGCUGCUGCCUCCACCUCCUCUCGUUCCCCUCCGUCCAUCUGGCCCGGCCCUGACAUAAGCACUUACAGCCUGGCAAUCCACCUCCUCAGCAUGGCAGGCAGGUUGUCCGAAGCAGAAGCGACGUUUGAAGCGAUGAUGGUGGCGGGCAUAGAACCGGACAUAGUAGCAUGGUCCACCAUGGUGCAGAUGUGGGCCAAGGAGGCCAAUCCCGAGCGGGCGGCGAUGUGGUUCAAACGGAUGGCGCUGGCGGGGUGCCGGCCAGAAACCCCGGCGUACAACUCGCUUAUUUGGGCGUUUGUGAGCCGCGGGAUGUUUGAAGAGGCUGGGGAGGUGCUGAGUGCUCUCAAACACGGGUGGGACCUGGUGGGGCCAGGGGAGGAGCAGAACGAGAAUCAAAUCGGUACUGGUUCAGCUUAUAAGAGGCCCGGCAGAACUGGUGGGCUAGUGGGAAGAAGUGGGAGUGAAGGGGCUGCAAAGGUGGCGGAUAGAAGAUCCGAUUCCUCGUCUGGCCUUGCCCCGAACCUGAUGACAUACACCAUGCUGCUGAGCGCAUGCACUGUGCCCAACGACCGCAGCGAGGUGAUGCAGCUCAUGCGCCUCAUGCUCGCCACAGAGCAUCCCGCCCAUACCAUCUUUCAAUUGCUCACAGAGGACUCGUUCGAACAUCCCUCUCGCGCCAGCUUCGUGCUGCUCACAGAGGAUUCGUUUGAGUCGACUCCCAAGACAGAGGUUGAGGAUGCCGGGAAUGGUUUCGAGCGUGACGGGACGUGCGAAGAACAGGAAACGGAACUUGCUGGAAGUAGUGGGGGUGAGGAGGCAAGGGAGGAGGGUGGUGAUAGGGAGGUGGGGAGGGACGGAGUUGGAGGGGAAAUGGAGAGAAAUCUGGUGGAGAUGAGAGUGAGGGGAUUGUGGGGGAAAUGUGAGGAGUGGUGGAAUGGGGUGGUGGGUGGGGAGGUUGGGAGUGGUUUGGAGGGUGAAAGUACGAGGCUAGCAAGGAAAGGGGAACACGGUGACACGAGGAGAUGGGAUGAGGGAGAAAGUGAGGAGGGUAGUGAUAGAGAGGUGGGGAGGUGCGCAAUCGCAGGGGUGCUGGAGAGGGGAUUGGUUGAGAUGGAGGUGAGAGAAGUGUGGAGGGAGUGUGAGGAGGAGCGGUGGAGGGAGAUAGAAAGGAGGAUGAGGGAAGAUUCGUUUAGCAAGGCGGAUAUGGAGUGCCAGCGUGCCUUUGCUGACUCAUCCAUCUCCUUCUUGCAUAAAUUUGGGCGGCACGAUCGGGCAGCCCGCAUGUGGGACCUGUGUUACACGCAGCUGCAGCUGUACCCGAACAGUGUUCGGCUGCCCGCAAUUUACGGGCGGCAUGGAAGAUGUUCCGUGGACCUACAUGGCAUGUCAGCAGGCACAGCAGUGACAGUGACCCGGUGGGCGUUGGAGAAGAUGCGGCAGGCUGUUGUAGCCUCUGCUGCUUCAGGUGCUGCUUCAGGCGAUUCUUCAGGUGCUUUCGAUUUAUCACUUGGAGUAUCAGGAGAAACUGAAUUCUUAUCAGGGGCAGCGGAUUCAGAAGAGGAAUCAGAGGAUGAUGAAGAGGGAUGCGCACCAGGUAAUCAGGAGCCAGCAGAAGAAUCUACAGGCGAACCUCGGCUGACAUGGCGGCGGCCGGGGAAGGUGGAGGUGGUGACGGGGUGGGGCAAGCGCAGCCGGGUGCAGGGGGCGUCGCUGGUGAAGGCAGCGGUGGAGGCGCUGCUGCUGAGGGACCUCACAGCGCCCUUCUCCCUCCACCGCUUCCACCCCGGCUCCUAUGAGGCCCCCGGUGCUGACCUCGAGCACUGGCUGCUCACGCCAGGUGUCGAUGAGCUACUGACUCCCCGAGACCCGGAUUGGUGCAGUACUGUCCAUCAU